AUGCCAAAUUUUCGAGAUUAUCGUCGAAAAUGUUACGUUAUUGUGACCUUAAUUUCUUUUUUUAUCUAUUUUAAACUUAAUUCCAAAAGCGACAAUGAUAAAAAAAAGCAACUAUUAUCAUCAGAAUUCAUCAUGAAUCAUGUUCAUGAUCAUGCAGCUAUGAUGGCUAAUACAACUGCAUCAAUGAACCAUGAUCAUCAUAUGAUGAUGAAUCAUUCAACUGAUACAGGCGCAAUGCAAGCUGGUCAUGGACUUCACAUGAAUGAUAUGAUGAUGAUGGCAAUGACUUUCCAUGGUGGUUAUAAAGAACAGAUUUUAUUUAAUCAAUGGAAUACACAAACAACUGGUGCAUUUGCUGCUUCAUGGUUUGCAAUAUUUUUUGUUGCUGUACUUUAUGAAGCAUUAAAAACAUUUCGAGAUGCAUUAGCUAGACGUGAUGUAUGUGAAACAUGUACUCAAACAGGAAAUCGUCAACAAACACUUAUUCGUCCAGAUGAUCAGCAAGACGAAAGAUUUAAUGCAAAUGAUAUAGUAUCGCCUAUUAGAAUUGAAAAUCGUCAAAUAAAUCGAGCUCGUUUAUUGAGUGUUUCACAUGCAAUUCAAACAGUUUUACAUAUUAUUCAAAUGGCAUUAAGUUAUUUAUUAAUGCUUAUAGCUAUGACAUUUAAUAUAUAUUUAUUUCUUGCUAUUAUACUUGGUGCUGGUUUAGGCCAUUUUCUAUUUGGUUGGCGUCGUUCAUCUGUUAUUGAUUAUAAUGACCAUUGUCAUUAA